CUUUUGCCGGUAUCGAGCCUAGGACCUCCAACUUAUAAGAUCACGCAAGUGCUUACCACUGCGUUAGGGGAGCAUACAAAAUGGCUUAAUUUAUGCAAAGAAACAAGAAGUUACGGCAGCACUGCCCCAUACUUCUAUGAGAUAAUCAAGGUGAGGUUUAACUAGGGAGUAGUAAAUAUUUAAUCGAACGUUUCGCGGAAGACAUCGGACGAUGCCAUAGAGAGAUCAUAAAUAACCUAUGUUUAUUAUGUAUCACAUAGUAUUAAAUUAAUCCGCAGUAUUAGUCUAUCUCUAUGUUGAUAUCUGAUGUAGUUCAAUAAACCACAGAGCAAAACUAUCCGGCGCAGAUUGCAGUCUGUAGUCUUUUCCCGAAGUAUUUCGGUUUCUAAACGUUAGUCGUUAACCGAAGAGGCGAGACGAGGGGGGGGACUUAUAUAAACAACAAACCUUAGUUCGUCGAUAACAAAAUUGUUUACAAUUUGAUUGACCAUUUUACAAUUCCCAUCUGACAGUAUCAGUGCGUUGACUUUUGACAUUAGAGUAUUAUUUUUGCUUUCGACCACGCGAAAUGGCCGAGGCACCUGAUUCUGAGCCCGUGCCCUCCUCAAGCAAAGGAAAUUUGCUCGAGGACGCUCAGGACGAGGGUCCGUCGCCUAAAAAGCGCAAAACAGAGGGCGAAGAAAUUGACAAAUUGGAGCAUAGGCUGGGGGGCAUUCUGUGCUGCGCAGUUUGCCUGGACCUGCCGCAGGCGGCCGUGUACCAGUGCAGCAACGGCCACCUCAUGUGUGCGCCGUGCUUCACGCACCUGCUGGCGGACGCGCGCCUGCGCGACGAGAGCGCCUCGUGCCCCAACUGCCGCAUCGAGAUCUCCAAGGCCAACGCGUCCCGGAACCUGGCGGUGGAGAAGGCCGUGUCGGAGCUGCCGUCCGCGUGCCGCCACUGCACCGGCGUGUUCCCGCGGCACUCGCUGCAGCACCACGAGGACCAGACUUGCGAGCAGAGGACUUACAAGUUUUCCCAAGUGGUGGUUGACUCGGAACCGCAUAGCGCGUUGACUGGUUUGGUCCGCAUUGUGGCCAGGCUGUAUUGGCUUCUUAUAUCCGCUCUCAGAAGAACGUACUUCGUCUCUGAGCUCACGGACUCAGCGGUCAAGCGCCGUAGGUACCUCAGGGUGACGGGCUGCCGCUACGCGUGCCUGGGCUGCGGCUGGCGCGGCGCGGCGGCGGCGGGCGCGGCGCACGAGGCGGCGUGCGCGCACCCGCGCCAGUCGGCCGCCGACCUGGUGGAGCUGCUGGCGGCGCGCGAGCGACAGGCCGCCGACCAGCUGCUGCUGCACUCGCAGCUGCUGGGCCUGCUGUCCUACGAGAAGAUCACCUUCACCGACCUGCAGCUGAAGCCGUACCGCACGGAGGAGCUGCACAAGCUGUACUACGAGACGUCGCGCUUCUCCGCCUUCGGCCAGCAGUGGCUCGUCAAGGCCUUCGUCAACAAGCACCAGCGCGACCCCACGCAGAGCGCGCAGCGGGAGAUCACCUACCAGCUGAUCCUCAAGAGCAAGCCGGGCGGCGCGGUGGGCGUGUGGUGGAUGUGGGCGCGCGGGCCCUUCGGCGAGGCGCGCAUGUCCGCGUCGUUGGCGCAGCAUGCCUUCCGCGAGGACGAGGCCGCGCCCGCGCGCGCACUGCCGCUGGCCGACCCCGCCGACGCCAACCGCCUGCUGGCCAACAAGGCCAUCCACUUCAGAUUGAUUAUGUUCUUGUCGCCGAAAUGAUCUCAUUACUUGCCGCGCUUUGGACUAUCCAAAGAACGAGGCGGUGCAAUCUAUACACAAAUUAAAGCUCUUCGCAUAUCAGGCCGCGCUGAUCUUGGUGCGUUCAGCGCGCUCUUCAAAAUGUAAAGUAUGUAGCGUUUUAAACAGAGGUGCGAUUGUUUUAGGUUGGUCACGGAUUGUUUAUACAUAACGUUAUACACUCGCGUAUUGUCUAUUCAAUAAAGACCCAAUAAGUGAACGAGUGAAAUUAAAUUUAAGAAAAAUAAAGCAACUUUUUGAUUUAACUUAUUUCAAAAUUUAAAUCACUGAAUUCCACUGAAAACUAUAUAUAUUACGCAACUAUGAUAACCGAACACUCUGUUCACUCAUGGAUCUAUCGUAUUUGGAUCGUCAACUUGUUAGUUGACGAUCCAAAUACGAUACGAUAUUACGAUUUUCUUACACAAUCGCAUCUCAGAUUCGAUAUUAAAUACAAUAUUGAAAAUUCCAUACGUGCGGCGCCGAACAAUCUGUGUUCAGCUUUACGCGCAGCCAUCUCGAUGUUGACGCAAUAACAAAAAGCAAAUAUUUUAAUUCUUGUAGUAAGUAAUUUAACUUUAAAUUGCACAUUUUAUUUUUCGGAUUACUAUUCGUAUUUUAAUAAAUUAAAGAAUUUUUAAAAAGUUUUAUACUUGUGCAAUGGCACAGCAAGAAAAAUUAGUAAAGUUCUACGCUUUCUAUUUAGCAUAAUAUCUGUUGAGAAAGUAUUAUGACGAUUAGAGCUGACCCUGCAAAUUUUGCACAUUAUCCUGUAAAUGCGGAUGAAAUCAGUCGAUUUAAGGACGCAUUCAAAUUUUUAGUUUUUAUACAGUUAUUUAUACAAUUGUGUCAAAGCGGCUGCCAGUUACGAUGUUAACUUAAGUCACAGCCACACGUGUUUUGCCGUUCCAUUCAAAUUUCAUGAAAAAAAAAAAAAAAAAGACAGCACUUUAUCACUACAGCAGCUGCCCUUGAAAAUACUUUUGUAAAAUAAAAAUUUCAAUAAAUAUAAAUUAAUAAUAGU